AUGUCUAGGCCUGUUGAGAGAAUAGCAGAGAUCAACAAUGGAAAAGAGCUUUGGAAGAUUGUUGUUAGAAUUCACCACAGAUGGAAUGUUGUGUCUAACAACAAGGAACAUUUUGAAAUGAUCUUUGUUGACAAAUUGGGAGAUGAUAUUUAUGUUGUUGUUCCAGCACCACAUGUGUCGGUGUUCACCGAAAAAUGCAUAUUAGGGCAUACUUAUACUGUAUCUAAUUUUAAGGUGGUGCCUUAUGUUCUGGCAUUCAAGGCAUCAGGACACAAAUAUAUGCCGUGUGAAAUUAAUAUAUUUCUUUCAGAUGUCAUUGGAAUGGUGGAUAGUAUUGGUUAUGCACAGACUGAGUCGGGCGCAAAGAAGCAGCAAAUUAGCAUGAUGUUGCGUGACCACGGCAACAACAUGUUGAACUGUACUCUGUGGGAAUCAUACGCGGAUCAGUUCAUCAGGUUUAACAAAGUUAGGGUUGCUGCAUCACUCCCUACAGUUGUGUUGCUUCAGUAUGCCAAAGUGAAAGAAGAAGGAAAGUAUCCUCUGUCUGUGACAAACACCUACACUGUGACCCUUUUAUGUGUUGAUGCUGAUUUUCCUGUCAUGAAAGACUUUAUUGAUAGAAUGCCUGAGGAGAGCAGGGUAACCCUGUCUGAUCAACUCGGAGGGAAUUCCCAAUUAUCCUGCCAGAGUUCUGAAAAUCAACAGCUGACUCCUGUGCAAAAAUUGUUCUCAAAGGCUAUUACAUUUUGUGCUAUUGUCGCUACAACAAAAUUAUUAGUCGCGUCUCCAUUUGGGUGGUACUAUCGUGCCUGUCAUAUGUGUCAAUCUAUAGCGCGUGGAGACAGCCCCCCAUUUGAGUUUGAAGCUGGUCAUGAAACCAUGGCUGAAGUCCUUAGGUAUAAGAUUGAGAUUGAGGUUACUCAUGGGGGCAAAAGCUGCAAUUUUGUGUUCUGGAACAGAGAAUGUGAAAUGCUCUUGGGUUUAUCUGCAUCCCAACUUCGUAACACUAUGAUUCAGGCUGGAAUUACUGAUCCAUUGGACUUCCCGUUAGCACUUGAUCAGUUGUUGAAGUUGGAAAUGGCUAUGAAGAUUAAAGAGAGUGUUGAUGAGGCUAAAACAUAUGCCAAUGAAGACUGUGAAUUGGUUACGGACCUGGAAAUUACAUCUGAGCACAAGCCUGAUGCUGUCACACCUGCUGGCAAGAUGCAUUUUGCUGGUGCAUCAAGUGAAUCCACUGAUUUGGACGGAUUACAUGAUGGAGAACUGUCAUCAAACAAGCUGAAGAAGAUAAUUAAAAUGGAGAAGAUUGAUUAG